GACCGCAUGUGAAAUGACUGAAACACCACAGAUGACAGGGAGCAGAGGACAGAUAUUCACAGAUUCAAACCAAACUAAAGCUAAAACUCAAAUGAAGAAGAUCAAAAGUAAAAACUCUCCAGUGGACAGCACAGAUGAAAUUGCAACUUCACAUAAAGAUGCUGACAACAUGAAGCGCAGUGAUAAAAAACAAGAGAAAGCUCUGAGUGUUGGCUUCUUUCAGCUGUUCCGCUUUGCCACAUGGAAAGAAACCCUGAUGAUGGUGGUGGGAAGCCUGUGCUCUCUCGUCCACGGUGCCGCCGCUCCUCUCAUGCUGCUGGUCUACAGCAUGAUGACAAACACGUUUGUGGCCUAUGAACUAGAGAUCCAAGAACUGGCCAACCCCAACAAAACCUGUAUCAACAACACUGUCACCUGGCUGAAUGGAUCUGCGGUGGAGCAGAUGGACAACACCACCAUCUUCUGUGGUGUGGACAUUGAGUCCGAAAUGACCAUGUUUGCAUAUUACUACGUCGGUAUUGGAGUCGGCGUCUUGAUCCUCAGCUACUUUCAGAUCGCUCUCUGGGUGUCAGCCGCAGCCCGACAGAUUCAGAGAAUCAGGAAAACGUACUUUAGGAAGAUCAUGCGAAUGGAGAUCGGCUGGUUUGACUGCAACUCUGUCGGGGAGCUGAACACAAGGAUAUCUGACGACAUCAACAAAAUCAACAAUGCCAUAGCAGAUCAGGUGUCCAUCUUCAUCGAGAGGCUGUCAACGUUCAUCUUUGGUUUCCUGGUGGGAUUUAUUGGAGGAUGGAAGCUGACUCUGGUGGUGGUAGCAGUGAGUCCUCUCAUCGGAUUGGCUGCUGGACUCAUGGCUAUGGCUGUGGCAAGGCUGACGGGCCGUGAGUUAAAAGCCUAUGCUAAAGCCGGAGCGGUUGCUGAUGAAGUUCUUUCCUCUAUCAGAACGGUUGCUGCCUUCGGAGGAGAGGAUAAAGAGACUGAGAGGUAUGACAAGAAUCUUGUAGAGGCCCAGGCGUGGGGUAUUAAGAAGGGAGCGAUCAUCGGGGUGUUUCAGGGAUACCUCUGGUGCAUCAUAUUCCUGUGUUACGCUCUCGCUUUCUGGUACGGAUCAAAGCUGGUUAUUGAAACCAAAGAGCUCUCCCCCGGCGGCCUUGUUCAGGUCUUUUUUGGUGUCCUCAUGGGUGCUAUGAAUCUAGGCCAAGCUUCUCCUUGUCUCGAAGCAUUUGCCUCUGGUCGGGCCGCAGCCAAGAGUAUAUUUGAGACUAUUGACAGGGAACCAGAAAUCGAUUGUUUCUCAGAGGAGGGUCAUAAGUUAGACAAAGUUAAAGGUGACAUUGAAUUCCACAAUGUUGACUUCAACUAUCCCUCUCGACCUGAAGUGAAAAUAUUAAAUGAUUUGAACGUUGUGAUCAAAGCUGGAGAGACGACCGCUUUUGUUGGUCCAAGUGGAUCUGGGAAGAGUACAACCAUUCAACUCAUACAGAGAUUUUAUGACCCAAAGAAAGGAAAGGUCACUCUUGAUGGUCAUGACAUCAGAAGCCUGAACAUCCAAUGGUUGCGUUCUCUUAUCGGCAUAGUGGAACAAGAACCUGUCUUGUUUGCCACCACCAUCGCUGAAAACAUCCAAUAUGGCCGUGCUGGAGUCACCCUGGAGGAGAUUAUACAAGCCUCCAAAGAAGCCAACGCUUACAACUUUAUCAUGGAUCUUCCUCAGAAAUUUGAGACUUUGGUGGGUGAAGGUGGAGGGCAGAUGAGUGGAGGGCAGAAGCAAAGGAUCGCCAUUGCACGAGCGCUGGUCCGCAAUCCCAGAAUCCUCCUGUUAGACAUGGCUACGUCAGCGCUGGAUAACGAGAGUGAGGCUAUAGUUCAGGAGGCCUUGGACCAGGCUCGACUGGGCAGAACAACGAUCAGUAUCGCCCAUCGUCUGUCUACAAUUCGUAACGCUAAUGUAAUCGUGGGCUUUGAACAUGGACAAGCUGUAGAGAGAGGAACACACAGUCAGCUUAUGGACAAGAAUGGAGUUUACUUUACUUUAGUCACACUACAGAAUCAAGGAAAUAAUCCAGCAAAUGAGAGAUCAGAGAACGCAGCUGUUGAGGCAUCUGUUACUGAAGAAGAUGGGCUUGAGAAAGUGAGAAGCUUCAGCAGAGGAAGUUAUGAGAGUAGCUUAAGGCGCUCGUUGAGACAGAGAUCUCAGUCUCUGUUGUCUAACAGCAUCAGUGAUGUCAUAUCUGGAAAAUUUAAAUCCCACUCAGACCAUUUCGAAAUCAAGGAGGGAGACGAAGUAAAAAAAAAGAAGACCAAAGGUGGAUCUGAAGAUGAUGUUGAACCAGCACCCGUCACACGAAUUCUGAAGUAUAAUCGUCCCGAGUGGCCGUAUAUGCUGCUGGGCUCAGUCGGCGCCGCUAUUAAUGGAUCUGUCAACCCUGUUUAUGCUCUUUUGUUCAGCCAAAUACUUGGGACAUUUUCGAUUCAAGACUUGGAUGAACAGAGGAAGCAGAUAAAUGGGAUUUGUAUUCUGUUUGCCCUCGUGGGAGUAGUAAGCUUUUUCUCACAGUUCUUACAGGGCUAUGCAUUUGCUAAGUCAGGAGAACUGUUGACCCGCAGGUUAAGAAAGGUCGGCUUUCAGGCGAUGUUAAGACAAGAGAUCGGCUGGUUUGAUGAUCCCAUGAACAGUCCUGGUGCUCUGACAACCAGACUGGCUAGUGAUGCCUCUAUGGUUCAGGGGGCUACAGGUUCACAGAUUGGCAUGAUCGUAAAUUCACUGACCAACAUCGGCGCGUCCUUCAUUAUCGCCUAUUACUACAGCUGGAAACUGAGUCUAGUGGUCACCUGCUUUCUGCCUCUGAUCGGCCUCUCUGGAGUCGUUCAGGCCAAAAUGUUAACAGGAUUUGCCAACGAGGAUAAAAAGGCAUUGGAAGCUGCUGGACAGGUCUCCAGUGAAGCUCUGAGCAACAUCAGGACCAUCGCUGGUUUAGCUAAAGAGAAGCAGUUUCUGGCUCAAUAUGAACAACAGCUGGAAGCGCCGUAUAUAGCAGCGAAGAAGAAAGCUCACGUUUAUGGCGUCUGUUUUGCAUUCGCCCAAUGUGUCAUCUUCAUGGCCUACGCUGCCUCUUUUAGAUACGGUGGAUUUCUGGUCAGUAAUGAGGGACUUGCGUACAUGAUAGUGUUCAGAGUGAUUUCGGCUUUGGUGAUCAGUGGCACAGCUUUGGGUAGAGCUUCAUCUUUUACACCAGACUACGCCAAGGCCAAGAUUGCAGCUGCCCAACUUUUCAAGCUACUAGACAGAGUUCCCAAAAUUAGCAUCAGUAACACAGACGGACAACGAUGGGAGGAUUUUAAAGGCAAAGUGGAAUUUAAAGACUGCAGGUUCACGUACCCAAGCAGGCCAGACAUCCAGGUGUUGAGAGGGCUGAAGGUGUCGGUCAGCCCGGGUCAGACUCUUGCGUUCGUGGGCAGCAGUGGAUGUGGCAAAAGCACCAGCGUUCAGCUCAUGCAGCGAUUCUACGACCCAGAUGAAGGUCAAGUGCUCAUCGACGGACAUCAAUCUGACAGUAUCAGCGUUCCCUUCCUGAGGUCUCAGAUUGGUAUCGUAUCCCAGGAGCCGGUACUGUUUGACUGCAGUAUAGCCGAAAACAUUCAAUAUGGGGAUAAUUCUCGAACCGUCAGCGAGGAGGAGAUUAUCCAGGCUGCUAAAAAGGCAUAUCUGCACGAUUUUGUGAUGACGCUGCCCGAUAAAUAUGAUACUCAAGUUGGUGCUCAGGGCUCUCAGCUGUCCCGUGGACAAAAACAGCGUAUAGCGAUCGCCCGGGCCAUCGUAAGAAACCCGAAGAUUCUGUUGCUGGACGAAGCCACAUCUGCAUUAGAUACAGAGAGCGAGAAGACUGUUCAGGCAGCGCUGGACGAGGCUCGACAGGGACGCACAUGUAUUGUCAUAGCUCACAGACUGUCCACCAUUCAGAUGGCCGACAUCAUUGCUGUGAUGUCACAGGGUGAGGUCAUUGAGCAAGGAACCCAUGAAGAGCUCAUGGCUAAAAAAGGGGCCUAUUACAAACUUGUUACCACAGGGGCCCCUAUAAGUUAAAAAAAUAUUUAUACAAAAAAAUAAAAAGUGUGUCGUUCCUGUUUA